AUGGUUUUGUGGGUAUUUGGAUAUGGAUCUUUAAUAUGGAACCCAGGUUUCGACUUUGACGAUAAGCUCAUUGGCUAUAUCAAAAACUACAAACGUGUCUUCGAUCUUGCUUGCAUUGAUCAUAGAGGAACUCCAGAACAUCCUGCAAGAACUUGCACUUUAGAGCAAUCCAUUGGAGCUAUAUGUUGGGGUGCUGCUUAUUGUGUUCGUGGAGGACCUGAGAAGGAGAAAUUAGCUAUGGAGUAUUUGGAACGAAGAGAGUGUGAAUACGACUCAAAAACCCUUGUGGAGUUUUACACUGAAACUGACACCUCCAAGCCAAUCUUGACCGGAGUUAUAGUAUUCACAUCAACUCCAGACAAAGUGUCAAACAAGUAUUACUUAGGGCCUGCUCCAUUGGAAGAAAUGGCGAGGCAAAUCGCGACAGCUUCCGGACCGUGUGGGAACAACCGGGAGUAUCUUUUCAAGCUCGAGAAAGCAAUGCACGACAUUGAGCAUGAGGAAGAGUAUGUGAUUGAAUUGGCGAACGAGGUGAGGAAACAACUCGGAAAAGAAGAGGAUUUACCAAAGGAAGUUAAGGCAUUGUUGAAGCCUGUGGUUUCUCGUGUACCUGUCAAACCUCAAGCUCAUGUUUCCACUCUUAAAGUUCAAGGGGUCUUUGCAUCAUGA